GAUAGCACAUAUACCAUGUGUGCAUUAAUGUUGUAUGAGUAUCACCAGAGUUCGCCGAGUAUUUUAACAGAGUUACAAUUUCUCUUGGAUUCAUUUUAGCUCAUAAGCAUAUCUGCCAAAGAUACAAGUCAUACCAGCAAGAAUCGUUGCUCAAAGAAACUACCUCGUGAGUCUACACGGAGUACAUUGCGGGGUACCCCACGGACAGACUCAACAACAGCAUCAAUAGCCAGAGCACAGCACUUGGGUCAGUUUUGAACCAAUUCAACAUUCCUGCGCCCUAUAUCUCUCGGGAAUCCUUUCGACGCCUUACAAUGUCGAUCAAAAAUGUCGGCCUCGUCGGCGGCACCGGCACCAUCGGCGAGCCCAUCCUCGAAGCCCUCAAAAACUCCACCUUCAACAUCAGCGUCAUCAACCGCGCAGGCUCCAAAUCAACUUACUCCGGAACCAAUGUUAUCACCGUACCGGACGACCUCAACGUCCCGGACGUUACGAAAGCUCUGAAAGAAAACAACAUCGACGCCCUCAUUCUGGCCAUCAAGCCUGCCCAAGUAGCCCAAAACAAGCGCCUCAUCGAAGCCGCCUUCAAUUCGGGCGUCAAGCGCAUCAUCCCAGCGGAAUUUGGCAGCGUCGAUUCCGCCGAUGCCAAAACGCGGGAAGUGUAUCCUAUCGCAGACUGUAAGAAGGAAGCGCGCGACUACCUCAUCUCGCUGCAGGACCAGGAGCGCAGUGACGGCCAAGGAAAGCUGAGCUGGACCGGUCUCGUCCCCGCACAUUUCUUCGACUGGGGGCUCGGCAACAGCCUGCUCUGCUUCGACGUUGCGGCGCGUAAGGCGUAUAUCCAGGAUGGAGGGGACAUUCCGUUCAGCGCAUCGAACUUACCCUUCAUUGCAAAGGCUGUUGUCAAGGUGCUGGAGAGGCCAGAGGAGACGGCGAAUCAGCUGCUGUAUAUCCAGAGCUUCCGCGUGACGCAGAACGAGGUGCUGGCCGUGCUGGAAAAGGUUACAGGGGAGAAGUUUGAGAUCGUGAACCAGAAGAGUGAGGAGAGGUUGAGGGAGCUACGGCCGAAGAUGUUGGAGGGCGAUUUCCAUGCUACGGAGGAGACGGUGGGGAUUUGGGGGCUUGUGGCGAGUGAUUGGGAGGGGAGGGUUGCGAAUGAGUUGCUAGGGCUGGAAGAAGAAGAGCUUGAAGAAACGGUGAGGAACGUGCUGGCAAAACAGUAGAAGCUGGCAGGAUGGUUAGAGCGGAAGCUGUGUACUAUUCAGCGAUUGAGCUGCGGGUCUCGGGCGCUUGCGGCAUCGUGGAUUAGCGAACACAUCUGUGCUGCCUAGGCAUUCACAGCGUGUUUAUUAUCGCACACGGGACACGUGUCCUGACUCGGUAGAUGAUCAAUUGUGUAUGACUUCAAGUUUUGUUGGAUAUCAGGUCACUCUAGCUUU